AUGGCACGUAAACCCUGGCAAGAGGUUGCGAAACUUGCGCAAGAAGCAAGAAACAAAUCUAUUGCACUCGUCCAACCGCCUGUUCCAGACGUUCCGGCCGAUCUGCCACUGAACGUUUCAGAGAUCCCCAGACAGCUUCUUACCCCUUCGGAAAUCGAGAUAACGGAAACGCCACCGGAAGCUCUCGUUCAGAAGCUUGCUUCGGGGGAACUGACAAGCGUAGCAGUCAUCACUGCUUUUCUACGUCGCGCUGGUCUUGCUCAGAAGCUGACCAACUGUAUAACCGAGCUUUUGCCCAAUGAGGCCAUUGAACGGGCUCAAUUCCUCGAUAACUAUCUGAAAGAGCAUGGAAAGCCAAUUGGCCCCCUCCACGGGAUGCCGAUCAGUGUCAAGGAGCACAUUGGUAUGAAAGGCCGCGGCCUGAAUGCCGGAUUUAUCGCCUGGUGGGAUCAUGUCGCAGAUGAGGAUGCACAUGCCUUGCAAAUCCUGUGGAAAGCAGGCGCCGUCUUUUACGCCCGUACAACCCAACCCCAGACGCUCAUGCACCUUGCUUGUUCGAGCAAUCUCUACGGAGAAACGGUCAACCCCUUUAACCGCCGCCUGACGAGCGGAGGCAGCUCUGGCGGAGAAGGAGCGCUAAUCGGUUUACGUGGGAGCGUCCUGGGACUUGGUACCGAUAUUGGUGGAAGCAUCCGCAGUCCUGCGGCGAACAAUGGAAUCUACGGUUUGCGCCCUACUGGCGGCCGGUUUCCUUUUGAUGGCCUAAAAGCGGCUCGAGGGCCUUUCGGCAUUGUCCCUGUCAUGGGACCCCUGAGUGCCAGUCGGGAAGGCUUGCGAAUGCUGAUGAAGACAGCCAUUGAUGCGAAGCCGUGGCUCAAGGAGACAUCGCUGUUUCCAUUUCCAUGGCGGGACCAGGUGAGCUACCUUGACGACGAAUCUGGUAAGAAGAAGCUCAAGGUAGGCGUCAUUUGGGACGACGGUGUCGUUAGGCCCCAUCCUCCGGUCACAAAAGCCUUGAAGGAGGUCGUGGAGAAGUUGCAGACGGUACCCGGAGUUGAAGUGGUGGAUUGGAAGCCGUACAGGCAUGACUAUGCGUGGGAACGAAUUGCCUCUCUCUACUACUGCGACGGUGCCCAUGAGGGCUUGGACAUUUUAACGGACGGCGGUGAGCCCCUGCUGCCGCUGUCGGAAUUCAUUAUCAAGGAGAACCCUUAUCGACGGCGUCUCCAGAUGGAGGAUCUGUGGGAUCUCUUGGCGAAGAAUGAGGAGUACAAGCGAGCUUAUGCGAAGCUCUGGAACGAGACUGCCACAGGCGUUGAUGCGGACGGUCAUCCGACCGGCAUGGUCGAUGUGAUCCUCUGCCCUAUAGGUCCUGGGGCUGCGCCGCCUCUGAACCAAGCUCGAUACUGGGGAUACACCGCUCAGUGGAACUUGCUCGACUAUCCAGCUGCUGUUUUCCCCGUUACGCAGGUGAAACCGGAUGUGGAUCAUAUUGAAGCGGAUUAUAAACCAAGGAAUGAGAAGGAUGAGUUCAAUUACAAGCUCUAUGAUCCGGAAGUCUAUCGUGAUGCUCCUGUGUCUCUUCAGCUGGUUGGACGGCCAUUCGAGGACGAAAAGAAUGCUCUUAUGAUCGUGCAACAAACAGAACACAGAUUCCAUAGCCACAAAAGCAUCAUGAAUCAAUCCACUAUCAUGCUAGUACAUUCCAGAUGGCAAAUGAAAAGUGCAUUUGUCAGCCAGGCAGCGUGGGUGAAUGUCGUUCCUGAUCCCUUCUGCUCUGCUGACGUGUCGGCGGCUGCCUGCAAGUCAGUGUGCCCUUUGCCUCCCAAACUCAAUCAGCUUACAACGCUCUCUUUGGCUCUAUCAACGUCUUCCAACUGCAUCAAAAAGGCCACUUUUCAGAUGCGGGAGCUCGAUCCCUUGGUGCUGGAAUAUCAACAUGACAAGCAUCGGCCUAGAGAAUCCGAGGCCCUCCUUAUGCUCCGCAAAGUGGCUUCUCUCGUGAAGCCAAUCAUGCGGCAGCGGAACUGGAAAGUAGGAACUUUAUGCGAAUUUUACCCCAGCGAACGGAAUCUCCUAGGGUUGAAUAUCAAUGCCGGGCAAAAGAUUUGUCUCCGGCUGCGAUAUCCUACCGACGAGCGCCAAUUUCUUCCACUGGAGAAUGUUGUUGAUACCAUGUUGCAUGAACUCUGCCAUAUUGUCCAUGGACCUCACAACCAAGAGUUCCAUGCGCUUUGGAAUCAGCUCCGUGACGAGCAUGAGGAGCUUACCCGUAAAGGCUACACGGGUGAAGGGUUUCUUUCAGAGGGACGGCGCCUUGGAGGUCGCAAGAUUCCCUUGGACGAAGCCCGCCGGUUGGCGCGUGUCGCGGCGGAACGGCGACGUACGCUGUCGGCCGGGUCUGGUCAGAGGCUCGGUGGCGCUCCCAUCAUGAAGGGAGCUGAUAUUCGCAAGGUUAUUGCGGACGCUGCUCAGCGACGGAUUGAAGUGAUGAACGGCUGCGCUUCAGGGACGAAAGACAGUCAGAGGCUUGCAGAAGAGGCUUCCCGGAAUGGAUUCAGGACAAAAGCCGAGGAAGAUGAUGCGAAUGAGCGAGCGAUCAUGCAGGCUUACAUUGAAAUGAUCCAAGAGGAAGAGCGGGAGAAAUAUGGACAAUCAUAUAUCCCACCCAGCCAGGAGAACCCUGCAGGACCUCGAAGUACUCUUUCGCCACCUCCAGUGCCGGAGCACAGCAAACCUCAGCCUCCACGGUCGUCAUCAGACCAUGAUACAAUCAGUACAACUCCAGUCAAUAAUGCAUCGUAUGACGACGCCUGGUCAUGUCCGAUUUGUACGCUGGAGAACCCACCAAACUUCCUCUGUUGCGAUGCCUGCGGCUCUGAACGGCCACCGCCAACGUCGACGUCCAAGUCCAGACCGGAGUCGAACACAACACCAGCCAAAAACAAACCCGAAGGGAAGAAGAGCAGCACAUCGAAACCUCUGAGCAGGCCGGCAUCACAAUAUUCAGCAAGCAGCAGAGCCUUCAAGCCGCGGACAAGCGCUGCCGAAGCCCUCGCCAAGCUGGAGAGGAAUACACCCAAGCGGCCCUUGGGCUGGAUCUGUCAUGUCUGUGGAACGUUUAUGGAAACGGAGUGGUGGACCUGCGCGAGCUGUGGGACGAUGAAGCAGUCGUCGUGA